AUGCCUUUCGCUCGAACAAGUGGAAGUGGCCAUGGCUACUUUCCUGCACCCUCGUCCCUUUGGCAGAAUUUCUCGGUCGAAGACCGGCAUCUUAUUUUACACCUUCUCCCUUCUUUACCUUCUCUCCCCCUCGCCUACUAUCAUUUCGCUAGCUAUCGAGAUCCCACCUCCUAUUUUUUCAACCCCCUUCGGGCCUUCGAGCGGCGAUAUUCAUCGAGGAGAAUUACAGAGGCGGAGGAAUUUUUGCGUGUUGCUGGUACCAUCGAUCAACCAACAAGACUACAGAACGGAGUCCCUACAAUCUGUGUUGGAAUAGCAACUGUCCGUCGGAGAGGAGAGCAAUAUGUGGGUCUGACAGUGGCCUCCCUCCUAGCCGGCCUAACCGAGGCAGAGAGAGCGAGCAUAUUCCUGAACAUUCUCAUCGGCAACGCAGAGCCAUCGCAACAUCCAAUAUAUUCGGAAAGAUGGAUCGAGACACUGCCAGGCCGCGUACUGACAUACAGACAAAACGAUCCCGACCUUGAGCGUAUAAAAAAUGGGGAGGAGGAUGGCUGGUAUCGAAAUAAGACGAUUUAUGACUAUACACGUCUGUUGCAGGACUGUUACAGUACGGGCGCGCAGUAUGUGGCGAUAAUCGAGGACGAUACGUUAGCAGUGAAGGGCUGGCUCCCAUCCGUCUUACAGGCUCUCGAUGGCGUCGAACAACGGACCGCGAAUGGGAGGUGGAUAUACCUGCGUCUGUUCUACGUCGAAGACCUCCUUGGUUGGAAUUCGGAGGAGUGA